GACGUGCUUGAUAAAAUAACUGCGAUUAUGUGAUUUAUUUUUGUGAAAUAAAAAAAAUUUUAUAAAUUAUUUUGUGCUAAAUUUUGAACAAAAUGUGGUUCACACGUUUUUUUUAUAUUUUAAUUUUUGUGGUGGCCGUUAAUUCAACACCGCCUAUAAGUUUUGAAGCUAAUCCAGAUACAAAACGCCUCUACGAUGACUUGCUUAGCAAUUAUAAUCGCCUGAUACGUCCAGUGGUGAAUAACACAGAAACCUUAACUGUUUGGUUAGGUUUGAAACUGUCCCAAUUGAUUGAGGUGAACUUAAAGAAUCAAGUCAUGACAACGAAUCUCUGGGUAAAGCAGCGUUGGUUUGAUUACAAAUUACGUUGGAACCCUGAAGAAUAUGGUGGAGUUGAACAACUUUAUGUACCAUCUGAACACAUAUGGGUGCCUGAUAUUGUUUUGUACAAUAACUGGGAUGGUAACUAUGAGGUCACGUUGAUGACAAAGGCUACACUAAAAUAUACCGGUGAAGUAUUUUGGGAACCACCCGCAAUUUACAAAUCAUCUUGCGAAAUGAAUGUCGAGUAUUUCCCAUAUGAUGAACAGAUAUGCUUCAUGAAAUUUGGUUCAUGGACUUAUAAUGGCGCACAGGUGGAUUUGAAGCAUUUGGAUCAGGUUCCUGGCAGUAAUCUAGUGCAAAUUGGAAUUGAUUUAAGCGAAUUUUAUUUAUCAGUCGAAUGGGAUAUCCUUGAAGUUCCUGCUACUAAAAAUGAAGAAUAUUACCCCGAUACAUUGGAACCAUUUUCAGAUAUAACUUUCAAGCUAACAAUGCGUCGUAAAACACUUUUUUACACUGUCAACUUAAUAGUACCGUGUGUUGCUCUAACGUUCCUUACAGUGUUGGUGUUUUAUUUGCCUAGCGAUUCCGGCGAGAAGGUUACGUUAUGUAUUUCCAUACUUGUGUCAUUGACUGUGUUCUUCUUGCUGUUGGCUGAAAUUAUUCCGCCAACAUCUUUGGCCGUACCGCUUCUAGGGAAAUAUCUACUAUUUACUAUGAUACUGGUCUCAUUGUCCGUUUGGACGACUGUGUGUGUAUUGAAUAUACAUUUUAGAUCACCAUCGACACAUAAAAUGUCACCACUGUUUCGCAAACUAUUUUUACACUUUAUGCCAAAAGUUUUGAUGAUGCGUCGUACACAAUACACUUUACCGGAUUAUGAUGAUUCCACGCCUAGUAAUGGGUAUACUAAUGAAAUUGAUGUAAG